AUGACUCCAGUGAGUGCCACACCACGAGCAUUCUGGUUCCCUUACUCGCACAAAAUACCCGCCUUCCGGACGACCAAUCCGUGCUUCGAUGUUAACGACUGCUCCUUCUUCUUCGCUUCCAACUCACCACCUAGCCACCACCGACGGAAACACGAACACUCAGAGACAAGGGAUGAAGAGGAGACAAUAGCUAAUCACAUAUCUAAAGAGAAGGACGAGCAGGCGGGGUGGCAGGAAGAAGUCAGGAUUGUCUCACGAUAA